AACUGCAUGACAAGCAAAUGCAUGUAGUAAAGAAGAGAAAAACCGGACUUUUCAGCUUUAAUAAUACUUCUGUUUUAACUGGUGUCUGUUUAGAGCCACACUUGCAAUGUUAAACAUGUUCUUUUCGUUUAUUUAUUUUUUAAUAAAAAAUAGUUUCAUUGUUGGGACGUUAUCAUUGUGUAUGCCUAUUAACCGACAGAUAGUAUAGUAUUAUUGUGGCAUGUAUUAAUAUAUCGGAGAUUACAAUUUCGAUUCAAUUACUUUGUUACUAUCGUUAAACGGCAACUGAAAAUACAUUUUAUUGCAUACCAAUGUAUUAAAUAAUUUCUUAAUAUUACAAUGUUAAACUAAAUCUAAUAUUCAUAGUGCACAUAUGUAAAUGCGUUGAAAUACAUAUCCAUAACAAACCUUACCUCUAAUAAUAAACCCGCGUUGGAUGAAAAUUUAUUGCAACUUUUUUUGGUGGUGACAUGACGUCAUAAUGGUGGUUUAAUCUGUAUUUGGCCCUGUCGUCGGUGAUUUGAGUAGCGACACCUACCGCCAAAAGAUAAUAGCGAGCUGUUUUUCACUGCGGUCAUUCUGCAAGCGGUGAAGCUGCGUAACGAGGCUCUGCUCGCUUAGGUGUUUCAAGUCAGUUCUAGUGAACAAGUGCAGCGCUUUAUGGCCUGUCUAUGGACGUCUUGGGGAGCUAUGGAGUGCUGAAAAGAGAGAGUGAGAGGCUGCACGGUGAGAACGAAGACCUGAAAGUCAUGGUGGCCUUGAUGAAGGAGAACAUGGAUCUGCGUUCCAGAAGCAGUGCACUGGAGGAGAGCACACCCAGGGGCUCUAUCACUGGAAGCAGCUCACUGAGAACAAGUGAAGGAGGAUCAGGAAAACAAUCCAUUCUGUGGGAUGAUACUUUGGAGGAAGGUCAGUUGUCCAGAGAGCUUCUGUCAAAGUCACACAGAACAUCUUCUCCCUUGGUUCUCAGUGCCCUGUCUAAAGAUACAUAUUCAUAUUACAGUCCUGACAAAAGCAGCUUUCAACCUUUACGGGUAACAGAAGAAAGGACCCGCUAUGCAAGGCAUGGAACUACAGAUGUCUCGCACCAGGAAAUGGAGCGCGCUGUUGGGGAGAUUGCCUUCCAGUUAGACCGCAGGAUCCUGUCCUAUGUGUUUUUAGGGCGGGCCAGGCUCUAUGGAUUCACUGUGUCCAACAUUCCUGAUAAGAUCGCCCAGGUUUCCACCAACAAGCUGAGUGGGAAGGUGGACGAAGCCCUCCGGUCCCACAUGACGCGGCGCUACGCUGAGCUGAUGGAGAAGCUCAAGGGACUCGGCUAUAACCCACACCUGCACCCCCGAUUCAGCGAGCACAUUGUCAACACCUACGGCAUCCUGAAGCAGCGGCCCGAGGCCUGCACCGCGCAGCUCAAAGGUUACAACGACCCUGACAGCCUGAGGAAGAUGGUGAUCGAGGUGGUCCCAGUUGCAAUGCUCAAGGACACCCUGCUCCUCCUCAGCUGUCUGUGCUACUUGGCAAGGCAGGAUGAGAAGGCUCUGUUUAUCUGGUAGUGCAGCUGCUUCACAACAGAUAAUAAAGCUAAGUUACAGUAGACAAACUGUGAGCUGUUAGUGGCCUCUUGAACAAAAUAGAGGGCUUUUAUCUUGCAUCUAGACUUAACCAAUAGAAUAACCUAGAGGUACUCCCAAGUAUCAAGCCACACCCAAGCAUAAUGUUGUGGGGCUGUAGUGCUGUGAGAGAAGCCAUGGUUACGAUGAAACUUCCUUCUUUGAGGUCAAAAGUAUAUGCAGUCAUAUCCUAAACAAACCUUUUAUUUAUGUAUUUAUUUAUUUAUUUAUUUAUCACAUUAUUCUUUUAUUUUUAAUCACAAGGAAAUUGCAUACAAACAGGUUUCCAUGGUAAUAAAUAUUGAGAACAAACUCCAACGUUGUACUGACCUGCCGUUAGUUUAAAAUUUCUUGAAUCCCAAAUGCUUUUUAAAGGGGUGUGGUGGUGUACACUACAGGCAGAAGCACUCCUAUAGUAACCAGGCACCAUGGAGUUAUACUGUAGUGUAAAGCUUAGUCUGAUUGAUGGACACUUAGCUCUGAACCGCAGCGCAGUGCUAUGUUAUUUUUCAUUUUCAUAUUUCUGUCUCAUAAUUUUAAUUAUUAUUACCAAAACAGCUUUAAAAGGACCUGUACAGUAGUCUGUACAGUAUUUAAUGAAAAUCUGUACAAUGGGGAGUAACAUAUGUUCCUUUUUUUAUAAAUAUUUUAAUUUCCUUUUUAAAUAACAUACAUGCAAUCUUAUAAUGCAAACAUCUUCUCAAAUAUAACUUUAACAUUCAUGAAUGUACAAAUCUAAACCCCUGACCCAUACCCAUGCCGUCAGUGAUAAGCAGCAGUAGUGUCAAUAUGCUCAUUUUGCUGCUGAUUAAAGCCUCCUUGCUGGUGUGAGCGACAGACGAGACAAAGACAGGACAGAAAAGGACUGACUCUUUUUGGAGCUCUUUGGGAUCUUUUAGUGCCUGAGCAGUAUCUUUCACUUUUUGAAUGUUAUGUAAUUGUUAUGUAAUGAAUGUAAUUGAUCUCUUUCAACGCCUCAGGGAAGGGAGAGAAGUAGAUUAUGCUCAUCUCGAGUUCUUAUUCCCGUGUUGAAGUCUCAUGCUGCUAGCAACACCACUGCACAAUCUAGUGGGUUUAAAACAGCUCUUUUAAAUACUCGUCCCCUAAAUAACAAUGCUGUCUUUCUCAACCAAUAUAUCUUGGAUAAUGGGUUUGACUGUUGCUUUCACUGAAACUUGGCACUGUCCUGGAGAUCUGUCUUCCUUGCAUCCGGCUACAUCGCCUAACUUUAUCGUUUCUUGACAAAAUGGAAAUAACUGAACUGACCACUGUGUCCUUAGUACUUUCACACAAGGACUUGUGAUAACCCCCUGCAGUCUUUGUUCAAUAAAUUGUUAACACACACACACACACACACACCUGUAAUGGAAAGUAAACUAAUCUGAAGAGUUGACAAGGUGUGCUGCUCAGGGGGACUAUAUUGUAGACCCAGGUUAAAAUAAUCACACAGAAAGUUGAUUUUAUAUAUAAAAUAGCAUCUCUUUUAAUACACAU